GCAAUUCAAAGGUUUAUCCGACAAAACAAAACCUAAUCUUUUUAUGUCUCUCCUUUGUUCAUUUCUGUAAUUGUCCAAACCCAAUUUCAAUUGUUUCAGGAGCUCUGUGAAAAUGGCUGCUUCUGCGACUCAAACGGCCGGAGAAGUUUCCAUGGCGAUCAAGCCUCCUUCACAUCCUACUUACGAUUUGAAAGCCGUUAUCAAACUAGCCCUAGCUGAAGAUGCUGGUCAUACAGGAGAUGUAACGUGUUUGGCUACGAUACCGUUUGAUUUGGAAGUGGAAGCUUAUUUCUUGGCUAAGGAAGAUGGUAUUGUUGCUGGAAUUUCUCUUGCUGACAUGAUUUUUGAACAAGUUGAUCCCUCCUUGAAGAUUGAAUGGAUGCGAAAGGAUGGAGAUUAUGUUCAUAAAGGAUUGAAGUUUGGGAAAGUAUCAGGGAAUGCACACAAGAUUGUUGUUGCUGAAAGAGUUGUGCUCAACUUUAUGCAGAGGAUGAGCGGAAUUGCUACCCUUACCAAGUUAAUGGCAGAUGCUGCAUCCCCUGCACGUAUACUGGAGACAAGAAAAACUGCUCCUGGUUUGCGGUUGGUAGAUAAAUGGGCGGUGCUGAUUGGUGGAGGGAGGAAUCAUAGGAUGGGGUUAUUUGAUAUGGUGAUGAUAAAAGAUAACCAUAUCUCAGCUGCAGGCGGUAUAGUAAAUGCCAUCAAAUCCGUUGACGAAUAUCUAAAGCAAAAGAAUCUCGAAAUGGAUGUAGAGGUGGAGACACGAACGCUUGAGGAAGUGAAGGAAGUGUUAGAGUAUGUUAGUGGAUCCGAGAGUCGGUUGACGAGAAUAAUGCUGGAUAAUAUGGUUGUGCCAUUAGAGAAUGGAGACGUCGAUGUCACAAUGCUUAAACAUGCGGUAGAGCUAAUCAACGGGAGAUUCGAGACCGAGGCUUCGGGAAAUGUUACCCUUGAGACAGUACACAAGAUCGGACAGAGUGGAGUUACAUUCAUUAGCAGUGGAGCUCUUACGCAUUCGGUGAAAGCGCUAGACAUAUCUCUGAAGAUCGAUACAGAGUUAGCUCUCGAGGUGGGAAGAAGGACAAAACGAGCAUAGAGAGCAUCGUCUUCCUCGUAUUCUUACUUACUUUCUUUUUAUUUCCGGGAAACAUAUAAUCAAUAAGGAGAGACAAACGAAUGAAUAUGCCUAGAAACUAAUGCUUCUUCUACAAUGUAAUAAUAAUAAUAAACUCUUUUGAGUACA